AUGGCGUUCAGGCGGCACUUCUCUCGCGUCGGCUCCGCCGAGCGCUGCACAGAGACCAUCUUCACUGACCACCAACGACAGGUGUGCGACUACGCGCUCGUCUACGCGGAGAAGAAGAACGACGGCGAAGCGCCGUACUCGGUCUCCUUCACCGCGACGCAGAGCGGCGACGUCAUCGUACAGCUGCACCCGCACUCGCAGCUGAGCGCGCUGAAGCGUGGGCAGCAGCAGCGCGGCAAGGGCCGCGGUGCCAGGGGCCGUGCCGAUGCUGGACCCCGUCUCGUUGACAAGAACGCGCUGUCCGCGCGCGGCAGCGGGCCCUCGCGCCAGUCGCGCUCGCCGUCGCCCGACUCUCCGCCCGCCAAGCGGGCCGCCUCCGCUGACUCGUCCGGCUAUGAAACCGAUACGCCGGACGAGGUGCAGCAGGAGGCGGUCCGCAGGGUAUGCGGCGCGCUCGGCAUGAGGGAGCAGUUCGAGGCGGCGAUGGCGGCGGGCGAGCUGCUCGAGAUGCUCGAGAGCUUGCCGCGAGGGGCGGUCGAGGCCUCUGUCCGACAGAUGCGGGGUUACAACCGCACGGGCGAGUGGCCAGAGCCCAUUCUCACCAGCCCUACCCCGCAGCGCGGCCGCUCGCCAAGCCCCGUCGAUGAGUGGUCAGAUGGUUAG